AAAUCGCAACUGCUUUUCAUUCUCCUGUGUCUCCUCUCUCUACCUCCCAAGUCUCACAGUGCGCGCUUCGCCGACCUCGACCUCAGCUCCAAUGGAGGUUUCCGGCGGAAGAAUGGAGCUCCGUUUAACGUUGCUUUUCUGUUUCUCUUUGUUUCAGGUUUUAUUUAUGCUACCCUUAGUCCUUGCAGAGAGGUCCGGUGCACGCCUACUUCUGGCAUCUAACGAGCAGAGGCAUUCUGAAGGAUAUUGUGCAAUGUAUGAUAUUUGUGGACAGCGUACUGACGGGAAGGUGCUGAACUGUCCUUAUGGUUCUCCGGCUGUGAAGCCAGAUGAGUUACUUUCUUCAAAGAUUCAAAGUUUGUGUCCAACAAUCACUGGGAAUGUUUGUUGUACGGAAGAACAAUUUGACACCUUACGGUCACAAGUACAACAAGCUAUUCCCUUUCUUGUGGGCUGUCCAGCAUGCUUGAGAAACUUUCUGAAUCUCUUCUGUGAGCUUUCUUGCUCACCAAACCAAAGUUUAUUUAUCAACGUGACUUCUAUAUCCAAGGUUAAAAACAAUUCGACAGUCAAUGGGAUUGAAUUUUACAUAACUGAUGCCUUUGGUGAAGGGAUGUAUGAAUCUUGCAAAGAAGUCAAGUUUGGCACCAUGAAUACCCGGGCAUUAGAAUUUAUUGGUGCUGGUGCUCAAAAUUUUAAAGAGUGGUUCGCUUUCAUUGGUAAGCAAGCUGCACCUAAUCUCCCAGGUUCACCAUAUGCUAUUACAUUCCUGCCAAGUGCUCCUGAGUCAUCUGGAAUGAAGCCUAUGAAUGUAUCUACUUAUUCAUGUACUGAUGUUUCACUGGGAUGUUCCUGUGGUGAUUGCCCAUCAUCUCCUGUUUGCUCUGCUAUGGCUCCACCUACUUCUAGUAAAGGGGGUUCCUGUUCGGUGCACAUUGGAUCUCGAAAGGCCAAAUGUGUUGACUUAGCCUUAACUGUUCUGUAUGUUGUACUGGUUUCUAUGUUUCUUGGAUGGGGAUUGUUUCAUCGAAGAAGAGAAAGGAACCAGCCUUCUCGAAUGAAACCAUUUUCCAAUGUGGCAGAUCAUGGUGAACUUGAUUCUGUUAGUAGGCACAAAGCUGAGAGCCUUCCUAUGCAGAGGCUAGAUGACGCAAAUCAAACUAGAACUGGAGUUCAGCUUUCAGUUGUUCAAGGAUACCUAUCUGCAUUUUAUGGGAAAUAUGGAACAUGGGUUGCUAGAAACCCAAUCCUUGUCUUGUGUUUGUCAGUGGGAAUAGUUCUACUGCUUUGCGUGGGUCUAAUCCGUUUCAAGGUAGAAACACGGCCAGAAAAGCUAUGGGUGGGCCCUGGAAGCAGAGCUGCAGAAGAGAAACAAUUUUUUGACAACCACCUUGCUCCAUUUUACAGAAUUGAACAGCUUAUUUUAGCAACAAUUCCGGGUUCUACUCAUGAUAAACCACCUAGCAUUGUGACAGAGGACAAUAUUAAGUUACUCUUUGAUAUACAAAAGAAGGUUGAUGAAAUUCGGGCAAACUAUUCUGGCUCAAUGAUAUCCCUGAAUGAUAUUUGCAUGAAGCCACUAGGACAGGAUUGUGCCACACAAAGUGUUCUACAGUAUUUCAAAAUGACUCCUAAAAACUAUGAUGAUUAUGGGGGUCUUGAGCAUGUAAUGUACUGUUUUCAGCAUUAUACCUCUGCAGACUCAUGUAUGAGUGCAUUUAAGGCUCCACUUGAUCCAAGCACCGCACUAGGAGGUUUCAGUGGGAACAAUUACACGGAGGCUUCUGCAUUUAUAGUAACUUAUCCAGUGAACAAUGCAAUUGCUAGUGAAGGGAAUGAAACUGGAAAGGCAGUGGCUUGGGAAAAGGCCUUUAUUCAAUUGGUGAAGGAUCAGUUGCUUCCUAUGGCGCAAUCUAAAAAUUUGACACUUUCUUUUUCAUCGGAAAGCUCCAUUGAGGAAGAAUUGAAAAGAGAAAGCACUGCAGAUGUCAUAACCAUAUUGAUAAGCUACCUUGUGAUGUUUGCUUAUAUAUCUCUUACUUUGGGGGACACUCCCCGACUAUCUUCGUUCUACAUUACAUCAAGGGUAUUGCUUGGUCUUUCUGGGGUUGUGCUUGUCUUGCUCUCAGUCCUUGGGUCAGUUGGAUUCUUCAGUGCCAUCGGAGUGAAAUCAACUCUAAUCAUUGUGGAAGUUAUUCCUUUUCUUGUUCUGGCUGUUGGAGUGGAUAAUAUGUGUAUAUUGGUGCAUGCUGUUAAAAGGCAACCAAUGGACCUGCCCCUGGAAGGACGAAUAAGCAAUGCACUUGUGGAAGUUGGACCAUCCAUUACCCUUGCAAGUCUAUCAGAAGUCCUAGCAUUUGCAGUUGGAACUUUCAUUCCUAUGCCAGCCUGCCGAGUGUUCUCCAUGUUUGCUGCCCUGGCAGUUCUGUUGGACUUCCUUCUGCAGGUUACUGCUUUUGUAUCUUUGAUAGUUUUUGACUUUUUGCGAGCUGAGGAUAAAAGAGUUGAUUGUUUUCCAUGUCUGAAAGUAUCUUCAUCUUAUGCUGAUUCUGACAAAGGCACUGGUGAGAGAAGACAUGGAUUGCUGACGCGAUACAUGAGGGAGAUUCAUGCACCCAUUCUCAGCCUUUGGGUAGUAAAAAUGAUAGUCAUUUCUGCUUUUGUUGCAUUUGCAUUGGCUAGCAUUGCAUUAUCUACACGUAUCCAGCCUGGUUUAGAACAGAAGAUUGUUCUUCCGAGAGAUUCAUAUCUUCAGGGCUAUUUCAAUAAUGUUGCAGAGUAUCUCAGAAUUGGACCACCAUUAUAUUUUGUAGUGAAGAACUAUAAUUAUAGUUCAGAAUCAAGACAAACUAAUCAACUGUGCUCCAUCAGCCAAUGUGAUUCAGAUUCUCUUUUAAAUGAGAUUGCAAGAGCAUCCUUGACAGCAGAAUCAAGCUACAUUGCUAAGCCAGCUGCUUCGUGGCUUGAUGAUUUUCUUGUGUGGUUAUCUCCUGAAGCAUUUGGUUGCUGCCGCAAGUUCAUAAAUGGGAGUUAUUGCCCCCCUGAUGAUCAGCCUCCUUGCUGCACUAGUGCUCCUUGUAGUUUUGGUGGAGUGUGCAAAGAUUGUACCACGUGCUUCCUACGCUCUGAUUUGCAUAAUGACCGCCCAUCUACUGCACAAUUCACAGAGAAACUUCCAUGGUUCCUCAAUGCUUUGCCAUCUGCUGACUGUUCUAAAGGCGGACAUGGUGCUUACACUAGCAGCGUGGAACUGAAAGAUUAUGAAAGGGGAGUUAUUCAGGCAUCAUCAUUCCGUACAUAUCACACACCCCUCAACAAACAGACUGAUUAUGUUAAUUCAAUGAGGGCUGCUCGAGAAUUCAGUUCAAGGGUCUCUAAUUCGUUGAAGAUGGAGAUCUUCCCAUAUUCCGUGUUUUACAUGUUCUUCGAGCAGUAUCUUGAUAUAUGGAAGACUGCAUUAAUCAACCUUGCUAUAGCCAUUGGUGCAGUAUUUGUUGUUUGUUUAGUUAUUACAUGCAGUUUUUGGAGUUCAGCAAUCAUCUUGCUGGUGUUAGCGAUGAUUGUUGUUGAUCUUAUGGGUGUGAUGGCAAUUUUGAGAAUCCAACUAAAUGCAGUGUCUGUUGUGAAUCUUGUUAUGUCAGUAGGCAUUGCUGUUGAGUUCUGUGUGCAUAUAACACAUGCUUUCAUGGUAAGCGGUGGGUCUAAAGAUGAACGUGUGAAGGAGGCUCUCAGUACUAUGGGGGCUUCUGUCUUCAGUGGUAUAACACUAACAAAGCUGGUCGGGGUGCUGGUUCUAUGCUUCUCAAGGACUGAAGUUUUUGUGGUUUAUUACUUUCAAAUGUACCUGGCAUUGGUCCUUCUUGGUUUCGUACAUGGGCUUGUAUUUUUACCAGUUGUAUUGGGCUUGUUUGGACCACCCUCGAGGUGUGUACAAGUUGAGAAGCAAGAAGAGCGGCCGUCAGUUUCAUCACAGCCAUGAGAAUAACAUUUGACGCAUCAGAAAAAAUUUCGAAUUUUGUAGGUUUCAAUUAGCCUCCUUUAAUACCUAAAAUUCAUGUGAAGGACGUCCAAGAAUUAAGGGGGAAAACUCCUAACAUGUAAAGUUCUUAGAGAAAUCGAGUAAAAUAGGAAAAACAAAAAUAUGCAUUUUCAAGAUUGUCAAUGUUCUUUGCAGCUAAUUGGAGCAAAGUAGUUCUCUUGUUUUUCUUCUUGAAAUUUGUCGGGAAUUUUGCAUUUUU